AUGGAUACCAAGUCAGAAAUUGCUUGCACUUAUGCUUCUCUCAUUCUCGCUGAUGAUGACAUUGAAGUAACGGCUGACAAGCUUAACACCCUGCUGAAGGCAGCCAACUGUAAAUUCGUAGAGAGUUACGUCACAAGUCUCUUCGCUAAUGCGCUCAGUGGACGCAAUAUUAAGGACAUUGUCUCUGCCACAUCGAGCGUAAGUGUUGCUCCUGCGCCUGCCGUCGCUCCUGGCCCCGCUGCCUCUAAGGUCUCUGGUGCUGCUCCGGCUGUAGAGUGUGCUCCCGAAUCAAAGAAGGAGGAAGAGAAAAAGAGGGAAGAAUCUGAGGAGUCUGACGGUGAUAUGGGCUUCGACUUGUUUGGUUAA